UAAGCAAAUCCAAUCUCUUUGGGUGAAGGCCAAGCUUUCACCUGAUGUAGGGCGCCUUGAAACGCGCUUCGUAGCUUCGUAGAAGAAGCCACACCGAAUUCACCGCCCCGUGCCACCCAUCUCAGAGUCGCUCUUGUCGGAGUCAUGGACGAUGAGAGCGAAGAGGAGGAAGAUGGCAUUCCCUGGUGUUGGAAGUAUGUGGCCUUGGUCGUGAUCAAUCCAUUCAUUGGUGGCAUGUGCUUGAGCUACGUUUGGGGUCCUCUAGCACUCCAUUGGAAAGCAAAUAACUGGCCUGCCUGGCACUUGGGUGCGCUAUCAAUGCUUGUGGUGCAGUUGCGAACGCCUGCAGUACAGCUCUUGGUCUCCUCGGGGCUAUGGAUGACCUUGGUCUUUGUCUUGGUGUCCUUCUUGGUCAUGCUGCCGUCCAUCUUCUUGCCGAACGAGGAAUGGGCGGCGGCGGUCUUGGUGAUUGUGGAAGCCUUCGAGCUCUUUGUCUUGUACGACGCCGUGUCCUUCGUGUCCUUCGCAGAGACGGAGAUGAUGGCACAGCAGGCCACGGCGCAUACCUUGCAAUACUUCACCUUAUCGAGCGCGUUGGCCCCAACGGUGGGGGGAGCCACUUACAUCCUCUUCGGCUGGCAGGGCAUUGCGUGUUUGGGCGCCGGGCUGAAAUUUCUACAGCUAGUGGUGCUGGUCACCGAUUCCACCGUACAGGGCCAGGUCGUACAUAUUUGUCUCUUCUUAUCUGGUCGCUUCAAAGAUGACCUGGACGAUCUCAUCGAUGACGAUGGCCUUCCACCGACAGCGCCGGGCCAGCCGGCCACCACCGAGCGGUUGAGUGACGCUUCCGUGAAUUCCGGAGAUCCGCCUUUCGUGGGACACAACAGCUCACGCUCGCCGAAGAGAGAGCUGGACGAGAGCCGAAUGACGCCCGUUUUGCCUGGGAUGCCGGAACCAGAAGAGGAGGAGAAGGACCCCAAGGAGGACGGCGUCCUCCGCCCCCGCCUGGACUCCUCCGACUCGGAUCCGCGGCCCCGCCGGAGCCAGCGCGGCCGCGCGAGCGCCGCCCUGACGCCCCGCAGGUCCGUGCUUCGAACUCCGGCCUCCAGGAGGUCCCGCAUGUCCAGGAUCUCAUGGGUGAGCAGUUUCUCUGCGGCCACGCACAACACUGGCCAGACCGGUGAGAGCCGGGGGACGAAGAUCACGAAGAUCACGAAAAGCAGCAAAAAUACCAAAGGCACCUUCGCGACGACGAUGACCAACAUGACUGCCGCGACGUUUCACAGUUAUGCGCUGGCGCAAGUGGAUGCUCCAGCUAGCUCACUCUUGCCACAUACCCUGACCAUGAUGGAAGAGGAGGAUGAAGAUGAUGAACCCAAACCGGCCCCCAAGAUUCCCAAGGACGUGAUUGUGCCCCUCUUGGCCAUCUUGGCUUGCUCAUUUGCCGGUAUGUUCGCGCAGUCCAUGUGCACGUUGGUGGCCUCCGUGGUCUUUCAAGAGCGUUUCGGGCUGAAUGCUGCGAUCUCCGGCGCCUUCCGCUCGGCGGGCGGCGUGGGCGUCUUUCUGGGCAUGGCCCUGCUGCCGGCCGGCGCCAGCGAUGAGGAGCGCUUCCAACGCGGCCGUGCCUGGAGACUGUUGGCCACGAUCUUGUGCAAGCCCUACAAGUUGGCUUGUGUGAUGGCUUUCUGGACUCUCUUGAGCAUUGGUAUGGCGAUGCCGAAUGUCGUCGUGGCAGCUACAGCCCAGGUGUCCAUGGGGAUCGCCAAUGCCUUGAUGAACCGCGCGGUGAGCGAGAUUUGCCUGUUCUUCUGUUUGGGAGAUGGCGGUGUGUUCUUGAAGAUGCAAGUGCGUCGCACUUUGUCAGAUGCUUUCGGUGGCGGUUUGGCCUGCUUACUUGGACCCAUCGUCUAUGAUAUCUUUGACGCAGAGGGACCAUUCUUCAUGGGGGCUGGCUUAGCUGCCGCGACUUGCAUCAUCUUCGUCAUCGUUUUUUUGCAGGAGGGAUGGAUGGGGGCGGUCGUUGGAGGAUGCUGAAGCCCGACGAGCUCGCAGGAAUGGUUUGUCACGUGUGUCCAUGUGGAAAACAAAGAAAAGCGUGAGAAGCUUGAAGCCCCCAGAAGAAGAAGAUGAGCUGGAGGAGGAGGAGGAGGACGCAUGACGACCAUGCCGUUACUCCUGCGGCGUCUUCCGCUGCUUUUUGGCAGUGACCGUGGCCAGCCACAGCCCUUCCCCCAGCCGCUGCGAAACUGGGAACCCGAUCCUCAGUUCCACAGCUAAGGGACUCAGUUCCAGGUCGGAAUGGUUUUUAGUCCCAUUCCAAGUGAUGUGGAUCAUGGGAACCUCGACUUCCGCCAAGUGGCACCCCAAUUCAUCACUUCUUUACAUUUUAAUCACGUCUUCGCAAGGGGGCCAAAAGGACACCAACUGGCUUUGCCAUGAGCCAAUUUGUGGGAGGGGUUGUCAGUGUGGCCGCUGACAAUCAACUGAUGUUCUCUUUUUUUAAUGCCCUUUUGCUCACGCACAGUGAUGCAUGCCGCGUGGAAACGCAGCAGUACACGGUCCAAAUCGAUAGACGAGCAAGUUGGAGGUUCACGUGCACAAGAGACUCUUCUCGGC